CCACUUCCUGGUGACCAUCAUCGAUGCUAAGGAGUUCUUUGAGUACACGCCGGGUGUGCUGCGUGCCUACGUGAAGCCAAAGCACCUGGAUGCCCUGACCUUCACGCUGCAACCGGUCAUCGAGACCCGCAUGGGCUGCAAGUUCAUCUGGGGCGAAGUCAAGGAGCUGAAUGGCGAUGAGAAGACCGCCACCUACAAGCCCAUGUUCCAGUCGGGACGGGAAACCAUCGACUUCGACUACUGCCUCAUCUGUGCCGGCUGCAACUUUGGCCCUUUCCACAAGUGGGGCGAAUCUCUGUGGUUCCCGACCAUCCACGAGGACGCCCGGCCUGAAGGCUCCUGGCCGCACCUCGAUGAGCGAUUCUUGGAAGGUCGUCGCAGGCACAUCCUGGAGGAGUUCAACGUGAUCAAGGGCCUGAACGACCGCGCUGCUUCGGUGCUGGUGGUCGGUGCAGGCUUCAUCGGUUGGGCCACGGAGAUCCAGCAUUUCUUCCCAAAGGUGAAGCUGACGAUCAUCGACUUCCUGCCGCAGCCGCUGGGCCCGCUGCCCGCCAACGCGGCCAAGUACUGCGAAAAGUACAUGGCGAAGGUGGGCAUCAAGCAGUUCUACAACACCAAGUACGAUGCUAAGGACCCUGAGUUCUGGAAGAAGAUCGAGCUGCCCUCUGGGCCCGACAAGGAGUACGUCUGUAUCGGUGUCAAGGCUUCGAACUACUUCAUGCCCAAGGAGACUCUCAGUGAGAAGGGCCCUGGUGGUGGUGGCUGGAUCCUGAUGGAACAGAAUCUGGCCGUCAAGACCCGCGACGGCAAGAGGUGGGGAGCUGACGAGAAGGGCCACCCGCGCAUCUACGCAGUGGGCGACUGCAACUACUCCUGCGUUGAGGAGCCCGGCAAGAAGCCCAACGAGUGGCCCAUCCCACCAAUCCCGAAGAUCUCGUACCCAGGAGAGGAGAUGUGCAUUGUGGCAUGCACGAACAUCGAGAAGAUAGACAGGCUGCUCUUCCAGAACAAGACUGUCGACUGCUGCGGCGAUCCCCUGAAGAUCGCCAACAUGCAUUGGCCAUGGGGUGCAGGCAUGUUUGCCACCUCAUUGGGCCCGGACGACGCCUGCUUCGUGGCCGGUGCCAACUGGGAGAAGAACUCUGGCCUUAUGUGCGUCUGGGGACAGGUCUGCGCUGUGCAGAAGGAAGUCAUCGAGGCCUCCAAGACCGAUGAGUGUGCCUACGGCUUCAUCGGCCGCUGCAUCUGGUACUUCGUGCACCACACACCCGUGCACCUCUUCGGCGGCGGCCCCCGCUGGGGCUACUAG